AUGAACCCCCCGGCUGCGGAUGAGGCUAGUGUGAACGCGGAUGCGGCUGCGUCCAGCUCGCAGUCUCUCCAGCGUCCCGAACCGGUGGCUAGGAGCUCGACUACGUCGCUCAACGAGGAGCUCGAGGAGCACCCGCUGCCCGACGAGGACAAGGCCAAGAUUGUCGAGAAAUACCUCGUGCGCCCCGACAAUGCCUCGGAGACCUCUGGAACGGAGAACGUGCAGGAGGAGAGUGCGGUGGAGCACCCCAGCGGCCAGUCGAGCAUCUCGGGAGUGAAUGCGAGCAGUAUCUCGGCACUGCCCGCCGACGGCGAGGAGUACCAAGCGCCCCACCACACCCAGGGCGGCGCCAUCACCGAGGACCUCUACCGGUGGGCGCACCAAAACAAGCGCCCCCGCAGGCCGCGCAGCGAGAGCAUGCACGCGAUCAGCACGAGCGGCAUCGAGGCGCCGCUGGACCGCGACCUUAUCAAGCAGCCCGGCGGCUUCCGCCGCUCCUUUGUGCUGAACCAGGCGGCUGAACAGGGCAAGCCGCCGCCCCGCGCGCUGCGCAGCUUUGUCGACUUCCUCAUGCUCUACGGCCACUUUGCCGGCGAGUACCUCGAGGAGCUCGAAGAGGAUGUGGAGGAGCUCGAGGACGAGCUCGAGGCGGACCUCGAGCAGGCGAUCCCCGGCACGUCGCGGACGGCGGGCCAAGGCACCAGCGAGGGCUCGCGUCUGCUGGCGCACCCUGUCCACGGCGAGAUUCCCGCUUAUCGCGGCAACCGCCACGAGCGCAAGCGCGGCGAGGCGAGCGUUACCGAGGCGGUGCUCAUGCUGCUCAAGUCGUUUGUCGGUACCGGCAUUCUGUUCCUGGGCAAGGCGUUCUUCAACGGCGGUAUCCUCUUUUCGACAAUCGUUCUGUGCGUGAUUGCGGCCGUGUCGCUGUGGUCGUUCCUGCUCCUGGUGCAGGUCAACCUGAAGCACCCGGUGGGCUUUGGCGAGAUGGGCGGUCUCCUGUAUGGCCCGCGCAUGCGCACCGCGAUUUUGUUUUCGAUCGUCUUUUCGCAGCUUGGCUUUGUCGCGGCGUACACCGUGUUUGUGGCGGAGAACACACAGUCGUUCAUCUUGUCGGUGACCGAAUGCGAGAAGUACAUGUCGAUCGGCACGCUGAUUCUCAUCCAGUGCAUCAUCUUCUUGCCGCUGAGCCUUGUACGCCGCAUCGCGAAGCUGUCCUCGACCGCGCUGAUUGCCGACGUCUUUAUCCUGCUGGGCAUCGCCUACCUCUUCUACUUUGAGGCGGGGCACAUUGCCCGCGACGGUCUUGCCGACGUCGUGCUCUUUAACAAGCGCGACUUCCCGCUGCUGAUCGGCACGGCGGUGUUUACGUUUGAGGGCAUUGGUCUCAUUAUUCCCAUCACGGACAGCAUGAAGGAGCCGCAAAAGUUCCCCCGCGCGCUGUGUGGUGUGAUGCUCGGUGUCGGUCUCCUCUUUUCGCUGUCGGGCGUGCUGUCGUACGCGACUUUCGGCAGCGACGUGCAGACUGUGGUCUUUGCGAACCUCCCGCGCAACUCGCACUUUGUGCAGGCGAUCCAAGCCUUCUACUCUGUGGCCAUCCUCCUGUCCAUGCCCCUCCAGCUCUUCCCUGCGCUCUCGAUCCUGGAGCUGGGCCUGUUCAAGCGCAGCGGCAAGUACGACUGGCGCACCAAGAUGUCCAAGAACGCCUUCCGCUUCUGCGUGGUCAUCUUUAGCAUGGUCUGCGCGUGGCUCGGUGCGAACGACCUCGACAAGUUUGUGAGUCUGAUUGGCUCCGUGGCGUGCGUGCCGCUGUGCUUCAUCUACCCCCCGCUGCUGCAUCUGCGUGCAUGCGCCACGACUCGCCGCGCCAAGAUCUUGGACAUUGGCCUGUUCAUUUUUGGCAUUUUCUGCGUCGUGUUCGCCGGCAGCCAGACGGUGCACUCGAUGCUCAGCGGCUCCAACCCCCCGAAAGAACCGAUUUGUAUCCCCCCGGGCAAGCAGUAA